GAGUAGUAGGUUUUAAUGAUGCUACGAGAGUUACUGUAUUGUCAGACAAAAUGGGAGGAAGGUUCGUCUCACCAAAUCUAUUCAACAAUGGUGCGGGAAAUGCUGUCAAUACACCAGAUUUAUUCCAAGCAUGGCUUAGAGACAAAUAUCGUGAAGUAAAAAUAGGUACAGCACAGGCAUCUAUGAAAGCACUCAUGUAUGAAAAAUUUAAUACUAUAGAUACUCCGGAAACAUAUGAAAAAAGAAUCCGUCCACAU